AUGUAUCUGAUCACUGUGCUUGGGAACCUGCUCAUUAUCCUGGCUGUCAGCUCAGACUCUCAUCUUCACACCCCCAUGUACUUCUUCCUCUGCAAUCUGUCCUUGGUGGACAUCUGCUUCACUUCUACCACUAUCCCCAAGAUGCUGGAGAACAUCCAGACACAAAGCAAAGUCAUCACCUAUGAGGGCUGCAUCACACAGAUGUAUUUUUUCCUGCUGUUUGCAGUGUUGGACAUCUUUAUACUUACCGUGAUGGCUUAUGACCGCUAUGUGGCCAUCUGCCACCCCCUGCACUACACAGCCAUCAUGAACCCCAGACUCUGUGGAUUGUUGCUUCUGCUCUCCUGGCUCUCCGUGGUCUCCUUAUUUUUUUGCACAAGUAUAGGCGUGUACCUGAGCUCUGCAGCUACUCAUAGUUCACAGUCUAAUGCAAUCGCUUCAGUGAUGUACACAGUGGUGACUCCCAUGCUGAACCCCUUCAUCUAUAGUCUCAGGAACAAAGACAUCAAGAGAGCACUGAAAAAUGUCAUUGGGAUGGCAUUUCUAAAGGGGCCAGUUUUCUUGGCAUUGAAAUAA